GGCGUCGGACUUGGCGACAUUCUGUCGAGCACCGCGAGUCCUCGCCACGUCGGGGGCGACCUGAGCCAUGUCCCGGAGAUCUGACCCCACAGCGCUCAUUUGUCCGGCCCUCGAGGACAUUCCAGGAACCCCCCGACUCUGGUCGGGGCCCCCAUUCAAGGACACCUCCACCCUAAGACAGUGUGUUGGUGUCACUAAACUCUCCUAUGUAGGGAAAUUGUUUUCACCUGUGGCGCCGCUUUUUUCUUUUUCUUUCUUUUUUGUGACUUAAGAGUCAAGUGUUGCCCCUGCAACUCAAUGGCUGGAACUCAGUAGAUGCAGUUUCUUUUUCUAGAGGCUUCGAACGCGUGUCUGAGUACUUGCCCGCGGUAGUUGUCGGUACCACAAUGUGGGGAGGGGGUGGGCCCAAAUAACACUUGACAGCCCUCCGAUUGUCCGCCACAGCCAUCGUGAAAACCUUUCUCCUUUUUUCAGGUAAUAAAUCAUCAUUAGUCAAGAUGUCUUCAGCCCCUGAGCCUCCAGCCUUUAAAAAGGAACCACCCAAAGAGAAAGACUUUGGAAACCCAGGGCUCAGGGGAGUCCGCACGACAACCCUGUUUCGAGCUGUGAAUCCAGAGCUCUUCAUUAAACCUAACAAACCUGUAAUGGCUUUCGGAUUGAUAACCCUUUCGCUUUGCGUGGCUUAUAUUGGUUACCUACAUGCAACACAAGAGAAUAAAAAGGACCUCUAUGAAGCUAUUGAUAGUGAGGGACACAGUUACAUGAGGAGGAAGACAUCUAAAUGGGAUUAAUAGUGCUGGUUACUAUGGGUGGAGCUGUAUUAAGACUCUGAAAUAGCCAAAUUAUAGACUAUAAAUGUACACCAUGUUUCUUGUUUUAGAAUAUGGUAAUGAGAAAAGAAGAUAGGAGUUGCAACCAUACCAGUAUAGUAAAUUUUGUCCUCUCAGAGCUGCAGCCAUUAUCUCAUUCUUUUUCUACAAAAAGCUUCUUAAUAUAUUUCUUUUAUUAAAUCCUCUUACAAAAGUACCUUGAAAAUGGAAAUCAUUUUUGUUAAUUAUUAAGUUCCAUAUAAUGAAAGUACCCAAUGCUG